CUGAAUGCUCAAUGGCGGUAUUUGCCAUGGUGACUUCAAUAAUCGAUGAUGCGGUAUCUAAGCGAAAAAUUUGCGUUUCACGUUGUUAUGUUGUAUCAAGAUGAUUCAUCAGCACACCAGCUGUCAACUGUAGCCACAGGACGACUCCAAUAAGCCAUAAUCAGAAGUAAUGUUUCACAUACAGGAGAGCUCGGAGCCGAGCAGUCCUCUGUACCGUCCCUGGAUGGAGUCAGACACUCCUGACUCUCUCAACAAUGCCUGUUUGUUGAAUGACAGCGAUUUCCUUUUGGAAGACCCCGGGCUUUCUCAUGAAUUGUCGUCCAUUAUCAUCCCAGAGACCCCUAGCCCCAUGACUCACAGAGGAAAACGGCAUUCCCAAAAAGAUGAUGACAGAAGUGUGGCUACAUCGUCCCAUUCAGAUGGUAGAAAAUUAGAAAGACGAGGAAACAUUCCAGGAUACCUGAGUACGACUCCAAGCUCCCAAAGAACAAUUAAGCGGCGUAAACUGGAGGACUCAAAUGCAGGUGCGAUUGUCCGCGGGAACUUUGACAUUACACCAGGAGCAAAUGGAUUUGUAGCUGCCUCAUCUCUGUUACCAUCUCAUUUUAAAUGGCUGGAGUCUCCACGUCCAGCAAUGUCCUCGGUUUCCCAUCCUCCUGCAUCUUCAAAACCCUCUUCUUCGGCUGGGUCUUCUACAUGUGUACUGGAUCCAAUUAGCGAUCAGACAUAUUUAAAUGAGUUGUUAGGGAUGGGUUGCACCUCUAAGCAGAAGACGAAAAGCACCACCAAUGGAAGGGAACAGAGAUCUAAAAAGACUUUCUAUAGCAAGAAACGAUCUAGAGCCUCUAAAAGUACAUCAGCAGAGCCCAAGACAGACUCCCCUUUACUUGCCAUAGAGGAACAUGAUUUAUUGCUUGAUGCCGCAGAGAGAAUACGAGGACCAGUAAAUACAUCCACAUGUCAGAUACCAGAAGAUGUUGUCAUCAUAGAAGAUGAUGCCAAGGAUGUUGGUGUCGAUAGUAUGGUCCGUACAGCUCAGAUGGUUGAGGAUGAGGCUUAUGCCAGAAGCCUUCAGGAACAAUUUGAUAUAGAAGAGCGACUGGAGCAAGAGCAGCGGAGGCUACAUUCCAGAUCACCAAGCAGAAAUUACCACAACCAAAUGGUUGAUCCUUAUGUUGGCUUGGGAUGGAUCUCUCCAUGGGCCUCAAUGAUCAACUCUGCAUCAUUCUCACAUGGAGCCUCAGAAUUUUCAGAGCUCCAGCAGGCCAUGUUUGGAGAGCAACCCCGAAGACAACAGGGAGGCCGUCAGACCGGCAGAACUCGUAAUUCCCGGCGCCGACAACCUUCUCACUUGCAUAUGGACGUGUUUGAUGACUUGCAGGGAAAUAAUUACGAGGCUCUUUUAGCAUUUGAGGAGCAACAAGGUGCUGUAGCCAAAAACACUUUGAGCAAGGCAGAGAUCGAAAGGUUGCCCACAAAAGUGUAUGAUCCUUCACACAGUGCAGGAAAGACAGACUGUCAGAUCUGUUUCAGUGAGUACAAAGCGGGCGAGAGGCUUCGAAUGCUCCCAUGCCUCCAUGACUACCAUGUGAAGUGCAUUGACCGCUGGUUAAAGGAGAAUGCCACUUGCCCCAUAUGCAGAGCAGAUAUAUCAGUAUGUGGAGGUUUUUCUUAAGAAUGCACGAGUUCAGGACUUGUGUCUACCUCAGAGCUGGUCGUGUGAUCACCUGUCUGACUUUUAAUGUUACUGUGA